AUGUCCUUUUCGUUCGGGAUUCCGCCGUCCACGGACGCGGCGUCGACGCCCGCGGCGGUGACGCCGACGCCGACGAGCACCGCCGUCGCGAUCGCGCAACCGUCGACGCCCAACGCGACCGCGCUACCGCACGCCAGGGCGUUGUUUUACGAAAUCGAUGAAGCCGUUUCCAGAGGGUCUGCGCUUCGCGCGUCCACGGCGCGCGCGCUGAGCGACGCCUUGGGCCACCUGUCGUCGGUACACGCCGGGUACGAGCCGUUUUCAGAGUCCUCCGCGCGAGCGAUCAACGGCGGGAGCGUGGAGUACGGUGGGAAGACGCUCAAGGUGAGCGGGACGAGCGCGAGCGUGAGCGCGGCGCUGGGCAAGCGCUUGGGGCUCGAUGCGACGCAGGCGUACGUGAUGCUUCGCAGAACGAUGGAGGAGAGUGGAAUGAAACGACCGAACGAGGCGAGCGAGGAGGUUGUGCGAGAGGUGAUGCGUUUUUAUUUCAGGGAGCGUUUGGGAACGAUCAAGUGCGCGCACGCGUUGUUAACGCAGGCGGCGACGUGCGACGGUGGCGACGCGAUUGAGAGUGCGGUGGGUAAAUUGUUGGAGUCCAAGUUCGAGGAUAACGUAUUUGAUGCGAUCGAGCGGCACAUGAGCGGGUCCACAGCGAGCGGACCCGAGGGGGCGAGCUCGGCGGAUGCGGCGGCGUGGGCGGGACAGGCGCUCGAGGAAACUGUCGCGCUGCUCGAGGUGCUUUUCUUGCUCUAUUACAACCGAGUGAAGUGCUCACCGCAACGUUUUUUGAAGCUCGCGUCGGUGCUGCAGAACAGGGCGCUUAGACGCGCGCCUGCGGCGGCGAUCGAGUUGGAGGCACACGCACCGCUGGCGCACGUGAACGCAUUCGUGGAUGACAUUCGAGCUCUGUGCAAUGUCACCCUGAUCGCGGCCAUGGAUUUAGAAAAUUUAGUCGAUCGAUUUUCCGGGAAAAGUCUCAAGGUGCACGGUUUUUUGGAGCCGCAUGCGCUGCAAUCCAUCACGGGAAUGAUGGAAAAGUGGCAGAGUGACACGGCGCAUGGGCCGACGUUACUCGCAUGGUCAACGUUUCUAACGCUCUUACCACAAGACGCUGAGUUCAUGCCGGGUAACUUUUCGAUUGAAAUGAUGCAUCAAAAGGCGAACGAGUGCGGUAUCGCGGCGCUCUUACGGCUACUGGAUGCGGAACAGUUGCGAGGCGACGACGCCACCGUCACGUUGCACAAGAGCGUUCUUAAAAACACGUUCUCGACGAUCCUCGCGGCGUACGACAUGCUGCCAGUGCACCGCUUACCCCCGUCAGAGCUCGGUCAGAUUAUAGACGUCCUCACGAAGUUGCUCUCCGAUCAGCCAGUUCUUUGUGAACAGUUUUGGGCCGGGGCCAGAGAGGACGGACAGGAAGCGCCGCUUUUUGCGCUCUUAGAGGGUUGCCGAGAGAGGUUUCCGUGCGAGUCUGUACCUCUUUUGCGAAUGCUUGCGGCACUCUGCGAGGGGCAUCGAUCGGCAGAGUGCGCUUUAUCGUAUCUGGCGCAGCUACCAACGGUAGCUUUGCCGAUUCCUCCACCCAAUGUCUUACAACAUGGCAUCAGGGCGACCGCCGAAGCUGAGAUGGACGUAGACGCUGGCUUCGUCCGGGGUCCGGUAACCGCCACGCAUCGUCUGACGAGUUCGCUCAUUCCGGGUGGGUACAUCGAAGUCGGUAUGCAUGGACUGGCGAUUGAUUCAAGUUCGCAGACGUCCCCGUUGAUUGUGUGGGCUACGCCCGCCGAUGGUUUGCAUCUUUGCCUUACGAGACUUUCGUCAUUGACCAGUGCGGGUCUGAAAGGAGAAUUGAGCUCAGCACAGAUUAACGAGAUGGAUGCAACUGUACUGUUUGUUUCCAAGGUGUUGACGAAUGCUCCGUCUUUUGCUCGGCCAAUGCUGUCCUGCGAUGUGUCCGUAUCUGUCCCGAAGGGUGCGCCUGCGGACGUGCUCACGGCUCUCUCACUUGCCCUUCAUGUGUGCAGUAAAUCGUUAUCGACGGACGAAGGGGUGCAGAGAACGGCGACAGUUCUACGAGCGCUAGUGCCGUUGGCCGCUGCUGAGCCCUCGCGCACGAUUGAGGAGGUGCUCGAAGCGCCUCUGUUGUCCGGCACGCCUGGUACUGGCGUGCCAGGAUUAAUUCGCGCUAUUCGCGAUAGUGAAUCUAGACUUGGUGAGUACCCGCUGACGUUGGCGUUGCUCGAUCUGGUGGAGACGCUCCUUGAACAUGGAGGUCUCGGUGAUAGGUUAGAAGCGAUCGUAGAUCACACCUUGCAAGAGGUGGCAGUGCGGCACGUGCAGUGGAGGUACAAGUUCAAAGCCGAGAAGUGGCUCGUUCACUCGGGGAUCCAGCGAGUGAUUUACCAGAUUUUCAAACCCAGACACGGCGAGUUUGCGGAAAAACUUCGUAAAAAAGCACUUUCGUACUUGAUCACGGACAGAGCGAUCUGCUUCGGAUCGUUAGCGCCUCUCGUAUACGAUGCGAAUGCACUGCGCAAAUUGCACGAGGAGGGCGGUGCCCCACGAGCAGAAGAGGUGACGGCCCUCGAGGAAGCGAUCGCUCGAGUACUGAAAUCUCUUCCACUCAUCGUGCAUUACGCAGGUGAAAAUUUCGGUGGCUUUUUGGAGAGGAUGCUACUGAUCGAGACGAGUAACGACGGCGCGCCGUUCGCGAGUUCGAUUGCAUCCUACGCAGGAUAUCCGUACGCGGCCGCGUGUUACCCGCUCGCCAUUCCUGCGCUCGUGCCACUGUGCGCGGUGGCCACACCGACGCCCUUGACGGCCACGCUCGAUAAGCGCGACCAGUAUGAGAUUUUGAAGUCGAUGCAGAAAAUGUUCGAACAGGCUGAUGAGGAGCCGGAUGCCGUUUCAGACGUGGCCGACUUGCUCAGCGCGGGUAUCGUGAAUCAACCAGAGUGGGUGAACAUGAUACUCAUUCCUGAGGAGCCGAAGGAGGAGGCGGCUAGCACAACACCUGCGUUGCCGACAACACCGUCGCCCGUAGCGCUGCCAGCUCCGGGCACACCGACGCCUGCUCCGGGAGUUCAAGGCGCGCUGGCGCUCGCAACCGGGACGGCGACGUCGACCACCACGCUGGCACCUUCAACUUCCUCCCAGCAAGAGGAGAAACUCGAUGGCGCGCUGAGCUUGAUUUGGAAAUUGCUUCAAGAUACAUCCAAGCUGCGUUCGCAGUCGCCGCGAUGCUUAUCGGCGUUGAUGCGCACUCUCAACACGCUCUGGCGGCAUCAACCACCUCUGGGCGCGGCAGUCGCCUCGCUCAAGGCGCACGACGGAGCAUUAUGGACGCGAUUAGUGGAGUGCCUGGAUGCACCGUCGCCGUCAGACGCGACGUCUCUGGCUCAUAAUCUCGAGACGGUCAGUUCAAUCUUCUCUCUGCUCGCGAUUGAAAUCGACGCGUCGACUUCAGAUACCGAAUCUACGAACUCGACAUUUGUUUCCAAGGCGAAGGAAUGGUUCACGUCGUCGCGCAUUACUGCAUGGGUUGACGCUUCUAUCUCGGGCGAGAGCUGCUCUGUCGAUAGAUGCGAGACGCAAUAUGCAGCUCAAGCGUUCGUUUUGCAGUGCGUGCUUGCCUUGGAGCGUCAAGAGAUGACGGCGCAGCGAGUACCUUUGAUGGCAGACGCAACCCUGCGGUCGAUGUGCGGACAGAUUCGAGACGCCUUGCUGGCACAUCCCUCAGCGAAGGAUUUGCGAUCGUCGGGAGCGAGUAACGUGGCGAUAUUGGAAGCUAUCGCUCAAGAAUCGGCCGCAAAGGCCCCGGGGUCGAUUAUUUCAAACGAUCCGGUGCACAAGUUACUAGUCGUUGCUCGGGAGAUGCAUGUCGAGGCCGCGGUGCUCGCUCCCGCUCCACUUGGAAUUACUGGCGCUGCUGAGUACGGGGAAUCGUAUCUCUACGAUUCUUCGUGGAUUCGCAUCGCCUCUGGUUGCUCGGAAAAUGACGUGGACGAGCAGUGGGGUGCACCUGAAGGCGUUCUAGCGCAAGCAGGACGCGUCAUGAGCGGUAGACUCGCUGAGACGUGCCUGAAGUCUUCAGUCGCCGACGCGCGCGCGGCAGCGAUUUGUUCCUUGAGGUCUUUCAUCUCGGCUGCAGGGAGCGGCGAGCUGCCGAAAAUGCACGCUGGAGUGUUCGAAAUCCCGGGAAUGGGAGCGUCUAGGAGCGUUCUAGAUGGUUUGUCGAGAGAGACCAGAAAGAAGCUUGUGCUAGAUGUCGCGGUACGACUCAGCGCCGUCAUGGACACCGACAGCGCCAGCUCGCCGGCGUACGUCAGCCCGUUGGCGAUCGAGUUGGCUGGUUUAUUGGGUGUCGUUACACAACUCUGGAGCGUCUUAGUAUCGCGCUCGACCACUCCGACGCCCUCGGAGGACGACUUGGAGCCCGUGACUCGAGUCAUUAACACCGUGACGACGAUUUUAGCGUCUAGAAUGAACUCGUCGGGGACACCGAUCCGUGAUGCGGUUCCGCUCGUCCAUCCGUUGUUGACUGCGAUGCUGUUUGCAAUUCGAGCGUGGGGCGCGGGCGCACUCUCGGCUCGCACGGUGCAGCCAAGCUACGAACUCGGACAGAGCACGAUCCCGCUCAUUCCGCUCAUCUGCCACGCAGCGGCGACGCCCAGUGAGGCAAAGAGCAAAGCGACGUCCAGCGUAUCGUUGAUGUUGCUCGAAGACAUUGCGAGAGAUUUACUUCCGACGUCGGCGCUGUUGCAAGUACUCAGCGCGCACAAGAUUCUUCCGCCGCUCAAGGUGGCAACGGGAGAUGAUGAUGCUGACAGCGUCACCAUCGCCGCUCUCAACACAUGUCUGAGUUUAUCAAAGAGCGCACAGGGCGCAGAAAUCUUGCUCGCGUCAGACACCAUUCGUCAGUUGGCUGUUUUAUGCGUUGAAUCGAAGGACGUCAAGGCGAGCGGUGAGGGUAUGGCGCACGACAUUUACUGUUCCUCCUUGCGAGUGACUGCAAUGCUCGCCGGGGCACGGCGAGAUGCCGAAAUAGGCGCGGACUUGAUGCGUUUCUGCACGGCGUUGGAGACUCGUUUGCUCGCCGCGAUGUCGCCGAGUGAGAUCACGCUCGCGUCCCUUCGCGAAGCUGAGAUUACGGCGCUCUUCUUCAGUCGUCUCUCGUCGUCGUUCGGCGCGCAGUGGCAGGUGACGUCGCCCGAGGCACAACUGCGAUGCCGCGUCGCGUGUGCUAUGUUUCUCCGAUGGAUCGCUGCCCCGCAAGUCGUGAACGGAUUGCGUUGUCCUCGUCAUACAAAGGCGAACGAAGCGAUGGCAGCCAAACCCCCGGCGACGCGCGCCCGCCAGGCAUGGUUCCAAGCCACGGCGAGAGGCGACUCGGUGCGAGACCCGAGCUCGCCCCUUCUUGGCACCGCCAUCGCGGGCUCCCCGAUCGCUGACGCAAGCACACGGAAGACUGGAAACGCGUACUCCGAAUCGGUUGCGUUGAUGCUGUACCGCGUCGCCCGAUCGUCGUGCGAAUUCCUCGCCACCUUUCCCAGAGCGCUCGACGCGUGCGCGCUCGGUUUCGACGUCUGCGCGAGCGCGCGCGACCAGUGCGACGCCAUUCUCAAAGACGACCUCGGUUCAUCGGCGCAAAACGACGAUGAGAAAAUAUUAGCGCGCGUCCUCGACGGCCUCAGAUCCGCCGUCGACGCCGUCGAGGCCGUCGAACGCGGACGAUAG